CAGAAGCACAGAUAUGUGCUGUGAUGUUGAGAGGAGAGGGACUCUCCUGGAAGCUGUUUCUGCUAAUAGUAUACAAUAUAUCUGGUGGGUAAAGACAUGAACCCCCAAGAGGAACACUGGAUGGUCACUCUGCAGGUUGUGUUCUACCCAGCCUUGGCUAUAGUGGGCAUCCCCUCCAACAUUGUUACCUUUCUCAUCUUCUGGCGGAGAAACUGCCUGCUGUCCAAGUCCAGCACCUUCUACCUGAUGGCCAUCUCUGUAGCUGACACUCUGGUCCUCAUCUUCAUCGUGGUGCUGGAGAUCACUGUCAAAUUUUACCAGGAGGUACUUAUUUCAUCAGAAAUGUCACUGUUCUUUUCAUUUCUUGUUCUGUCAGUAAAAGUUUACAUUGGAUUUCUAUAGUAACGCUGUAAUUACUACAGUAACAGCAAACAGCAUUGUAUUAACGCAGUAGCCUAUUUCAGGGCUUCCCAAACUUUGUUCCAGGGCCUCCCUAGUACAUGCUUUAGUUUUUGCCCAAGUAGUA